UUUGUUUUAACCUACAUAUAAAAAAAGGGAAACAAUAUUGGCCUUCACUUAAUGAAAAAUCAGCACUUCUUUCAGUGGUGUGGUGAAAAAGCUACAUCCCAGAAACAAUAUGAAUAAAUGCUGGAAAACGUAUUUAUUAUGGUUUGCACAAGAGCAUACAGAAUUUAGAUCUGCGGAAAUCAAUUCUCUACUUUCACUUUUGAAUAUAGAAAUGAGAUAUGUUGAAAAACCAAAAGAUAUUGAACCUUACUGGAUAGUGGAAUUUAGUUCAGAAGAUGACGUUAAACUACUUGCAAGUAGGUCUGUAUCUUUAAGAAAUUGUAUAGAACUUUGGGCCCAUGCUAAAUCCAUUCCUGCUAUCCACGAUAAACUGAAAAAUUAUCCUUUGCAACUAUAUAAAUCUCAUUUUGAUGCUAAUAAAUCAUUCAAAAUUGAGGUGGAAACAUUUUGUCGACAUUUUACACAAAAAGAAAAGGUCGAUAAAUUAGAAGCUUUUAGCUACUUACCUGUUUCAGGCCCUGUGAAUUUAAAGAAUCCUGAUGUUACACUGCAAUAUAUCGAAUAUUAUGGCACUAUAUCAAAUGAUCCACCAGAAUUACCAUACUUUGUAUUUUUUGGUAGAUGGGUAGCUAACGGUUUACGUCAAUUAAUAAAAAAACUAUCUCUAAAAACAAGAAAAUUCAUUGGUAAUACAAGCAUGGAUCCUCAGCUAUCUCUACUUAUGGCUAAUCAAGCUAAAGUCAAAGAUGGAGACAUUGUACUAGAUCCAUUCGUUGGGACAGGUUCCCUUCUUGUAGCAGCUGCUCAAUUUGGUGGUUAUGUUAUAGGAACAGAUAUAGAUUAUCUUAUGCUUCAUGCCAGAACUCGACCAUCAAGAAUUAAACAGAAGAUGAGAGAAAAAGACGAGAGUAUUAAAGCUAAUAUGAAACAAUACAAUUUGGAACAUAAAUAUUUGGAUGUGAUGGUAAAUGAUUUUUCAGUAUCGUUUUGGAAAGAUACUGUUCAAUUUGAUGCAAUUAUUACAGAUCCACCAUAUGGAAUAAGAGAAUCAACUGAAAGAAUAGGAACCACAAAAACUGAUUGUAAAGUAAAAGAAGAGCAUUUACAUACACACAUUCCAGCUAAAAUUGAUUACGGCAUUUCACAUAUUUAUAGGGAUCUUCUUUUAUUUUCUGCAAAACAUUUAAAAGUUGGAGGAUGUGUGGUGUGUUGGUUUCCAGUUUUUAGAGAAGACUAUGAUGAGAAAUCUCUUCCAUCGCAUCCGUGUUUUAAUCUUACUGCAAAUUGUGAACAAGUUUUGACAAAAGUAACAUCAAGACGGUUACUAACAUUUGAAAAAAUUCGAGACCCAACUCCCCAUGAAAUGGAGACAUAUGAUCACGAAAUAAUAGAUUUUAGAAAAAAGUACUACACAGCUAGGGAAGAAUCGAGGAAAGAAAGGCGAACAAGGGAAGCACAAAUAAGGGAAGAGAAUAGAAAAAAAUAUGAAAAAUCAUAAAUUAUUAUUUGUAUUUUGCUUAUUAAAUUUGUUCAUUCGCCUA